CGACGCUCUCCUCCGGGGUCAAAGGGCCAUCGAAACGUUUAUCAGGAAACGGCAGAGCGGGAUUAGCAUUUGUUGUUGUUGUUCUCGUCGCUCCCUUUCAUCUCCCUGUGCGACAGUCUGGUCGGCUGACCCGCGGACUGUUCUCAUAGGCGUGCAUCGAGAAGUCUCUCCACCGGCGAAUGAAUGGCGAUGGCGGCGGCGAGAGCGGCGGCGGCGGCGGGGGGCCCGUCGUCUUUGUCCCGGUUUAGAGGAGCGCUGGUCGCGGCGGUGCUGGGAGAUUGCGUCGGCGGAGAGUUUGAAGGCGCGGAGGAGGUGCCCAUGGAGAGCGUGCUGCAGCACCUCAGCAACCUGGACGACGAGACCAAAGGGAACGGUAUCCUUGAGUACAGUGACGACACCGCGAUGGCCCGCUGUGUAGUCCAGUCUCUACUCACCCGUGCCGGCUUCGAUGAGCAGGAUAUGGCUCGCAGGUUCGCUAAGGAGUACAGUAUGUCCCCGGGUCGUGGCUACGGCUCUGGAGUGAUCCAGGUGUUGAAGAAGCUGUCCUCCCCUCAUCUCAGUGACGUGUACCAGCCGGCCAAGGACCAGUUUAAUGGUCGAGGUUCGUUUGGCAAUGGGGGAGCCAUGAGGGCGGCUCCCUUCGCGCUGGCUUUCCCCGAUCCGGCUGAUGUGAAAAGGUGCGCCCGUCAGGGUGCCAUGCUGACCCACUCCUGCUCUCUGGGUUAUAACGGGGCAGUGCUGCAGGCGCUGGCCGUUCACCUCUCGCUGCAGGGGGCCAUAGACAAGCCCCAGCAGUUCAUGAGCAGGCUCAUCACGGAGAUGGAGGUAGUGGAGGGCAAUGAGGAGACGCGCAACGAUGCCAGAAUCCUGAAAGAAGCCGAGAAGCCGUUCUGCGAGCGCCUCCACAGAGUUAGAGACCUGAUGGACCGGAGCAAGGUCAGCAUCGAGGAGGUCAUUUCUGAGCUGGGUAACGGCAUUGCGGCGCUCCACUCGGUCCCCACAGCCAUCUUCUGCGUCCUCCACUGCCUGCAGCCCAGAGAAUGCCUCCCGGCAAACUACGGCGGCCUGGAGAGGACGAUGGCGUACAGCCUGGCCCUGGGAGGGGACACCGACACCAUCGCCUGCAUGGCGGGGGCCAUCGCCGGGGCCCACUACGGCAUCGAGGCCGUCCCUCAGUCGUGGAUUCGGUGCUGCGAGGGGGCGGAGGAUGCAGACGUGAACGCGGGCCGCAUCCACAUGCUGUACCGCCGGUCGCUCCAGGGGGGCGGCGGCAGUGGGACGGGGGAGCGGCGCUGCGAAGAAGCAGCUGAAAGCCGAUCCAGCGCUUCUAACGGCUUUGAGAGGAAAGCCCGAGCUGAAUGAAUCUUCAGCCGGAUAUAGAGGGGGGAAAAGGCCUCUUGAACACACUUAAUACCUUUUAUUGUUUUUUGGACUUUGGUGGUUAAAUGGGAACUGGUUAUUACGGGAGACUAUCUCAACAUUGCAACAUUAUUUUAGUAAUCGAAACGGCUCUAUAAUUAUUAUCAAUAUUUUUAAUGAACUAAAUAAAACUGCUAAAAUUAUCAGGUAACAGGAUAGUGAAGCUAACAAACAAGAAACAGCAGAUUGACUGAGUGAAAACUGUCAGACAGAAAUGUGUUCUGAAUACACACACACACACACACACACGCUCACACUCUCUCCCCCCCCUUGCCCGCUCUGUGUUGAACAAUCCUUUGUCAUGUGAAAGUUGCACUUUGAAUUGGCCAUGUCUUGUUUCAUGUUUUUGGUGGAUAACAACUAUUUAAUAAACUUUUUUUUUUGUAUUCACGUAA